UCAUCUCCUUCAUCUUUCAAAACUCUCAAUUCAAUUGCCAUCUGCAACUCUCUGAUUAAACAUCUUUCACCCAUAGAAAAAAAUGUGGAGUUCCAGUAUGCAAAUCUUAACAGCAUCUUCAUUAUUCUCCACCAAAAAGAACCAAUAUUCUGAAUUUUUCAACCAGUCAGUGAAAAAGAUAGAAUCUCCAGCUAAAACUAGAAGAAGAAGGGGAGCAAGAAUGGAGAUUUUGGCCAUGGCUAGUGAUGAUUCAGCUAAAAAUGAAAAACCCACUAAGCUAAUUACCUUUUUGGGUAAAGGGGGUUCUGGGAAAACUACUUCUGCCAUUUUUGCUGCUCAGCAUUAUGCAAUGGCAGGGCUCAAAACCUGUUUGGUGAUACAUUCUCAAGAUCCGACAGCUGAAUAUCUUCUGAAUUGUAAGAUCGGGACAUCCCUAAUAACAUGCAACGACAAUCUUUCAGCCGUUAGAUUGGAAACUACAAAAAUGCUCCUUGAACCUCUCAAUAAACUGAAGCAAGCAGAUGCUCGUCUUAAUAUGACUCAAGGAGUUCUUGAAGGGGUGUUCGGAGAAGAGCUUGGAGUGCUUCCUGGAAUGGACUCCAUAUUUUCAUCCCUAGCACUUGAGCGGCUUGUAGGAUUUUUUGAAAAUGUGGUUCAACAGAACAGCAAAAAAGAGAAAUUUGACAUUAUUAUAUAUGAUGGCAUGAGUACUGAAGAAACAAUUAGGAUGAUUGGUGCGACCAGCAAAGCAAGAUUAUACUUAAAAUAUCUCCGCAAUUUUGCUGAAAAAACUGAUUUAGGAAGGCUGGCAAGUCCCUCACUUUUGAGACUUGCGGAAGAAGCCAUGACUCUAAGCGGUAGAAAUCCUAAUCUGAAUGGGAAAAUGAGUUCAGAAAUUUGGGACCUUCUAGACAAAGUAUUGGAGAGAGGGUCUACAAUAUUUGCAGAACCAAAAAGGUUUGGUUGCUAUAUUGUGGUGGAUAGAAACAGCCCUGUGUCUAUGGCUUCUGCUUUACGUUACUGGGGUUGCAUAAUUCAGGCUGGUGCACAGGUUUCUGGUGCAUUUGCUCUUGCAACGCUGAAUUCGAGUGGAGAAGUAGGGGCAACGAUUGAGGACUUUUCACCUUUACCUUCUGCUUAUGUUCCACAUAUCUCAGUCGGAGCCCAUUUAGAUUGGGACAAAAUUAUGCAGGAUAGUCAUAGCGAGAGUGCACGGAAUCUUCUGACUGUAACAGCUCAUAAGGCCAGCAUUCCUCCGGUUAUCUUUGAUCCAACCAACAAAAUCAUCACACUUCUCAUGCCCGGUUUUGACAAAUCAGAAAUCAAGCUAUAUCAAUUUAGAGGAGGGUCUGAGUUGUUGGUGGAGGCUGGUGAUCAGAGACGUGUGAUUCGUCUACCAUCUCAACUUCAAGGGAAGGUUGGAGGUGCUAAAUUUACAGAUAGAAGUCUUGUCAUCACAAUGAGAUAGCAGAUGAAAUCAAGAAACCUCACCUACAUAUUUAGCUACAAGCAUGCAGAAAGAGUCACUUCACAUCAAAUGUUGUAACAUCAUUGAUUGUAUGAGUUUUUACGUGAACAAUUAUUGGAGGUUGUCCAUGUCCAUGCCCAUGUGAUGAUUGAGUCAACCACAGAUUAAAUUCUCAAGUUUCUUGUAGACCAUUUGUAUGGUCAUAUUCACAAGUCGUUGGGGAUGACAUUCUUCAAAUUUGAAGUUAAUUUCGAAUAAAUUCUCGAAUUGCUUUAUAUUUAAUAGUUAUAUCAACUAGAAAACUUGCAGGA